AUGGUACGACCAAAGCAGAAUUGUAGCUUGCUCACUUGGUCCUCCAGCGGAUAUGGCGUGCAAUCCGUAAUUACUGGCGCGUGCCGUGACCUCGGACUGACGCUCAUCAAACAGCUUGUUGCUUUCCCUAGCUCUGAGGUCAGCAAGAUCAUUGCUGCUGCACGCGGAGAUGCACCUGCUCUUGAAAAGAUUGCGUCCGAGUCUUCUGGUCGUGUCUCAGUGAUCAAGCUGGACGUAACCAACUGGGACUCUAUCAACAAGGCUGCCGCCGAAACCAAGAGCAUCUUAGGCGACAAAGGCCUAGACAUCCUUGUCAACAAUGCUGGGAUCUGCGAGUAUGCUUUUGGUGGUGUCGCAACCAUGGAAAACCUUCAAAACAGCAUGAAUGUCAACGUCAUGGGUGUGCACUGGACGACUCAAGCUUUCCUUCCACUCCUGCAGACGGGUUCUCUCAAGAAAGUGGUCAACAUGUCGACAACUCUGGGCUCCAUCACCCUUGCCGCUGAUGCUGUUGCUUUCCCCGCUCCAGCCUACAAGAUCUCCAAGGCUGCCUUGAACGCUCUCACCGUUCAGUACGCUCUCGACCAUGAGAAGGAAGGAUUCACGUUCAUGGCGCUCUGCCCCGGUUGGCUGAAGACCGAUCUUGGUGGUGGCGACAUGGCCGAUCUGACCCCAGAGGAGGGAGCCAAGGCCUCACUCGACAUUAUCUUCAAGAAGGGACAAGAAGUCAACGGCAAGAUGCCCAAGGUCUUCGUCAAGGGCUGGGAGAACGCCAAGGGCCCGAAUGUGUACGAUGGCACCAAUGCACCUUGGUAA